AUGUAUAUUCUGCAUUUAUCCUGUAUAUUCUUGUUCGCGCCGGUUUUAUCCGGUUCGCUUAGUUCGCGGGUUGUGUAUAAAGUAGGAGUCCUUAUGGCUUCUCGUUUGGACUCCCCUUUUGACCUGGAGCGCUGUGGUCCAGCUGUGGAUUUGGCCUUAGAUAAGGUCAACGAGAAGUUUCUCGCUCAUCAUGGCAUUGAGCUGCAGAAGGUGCAAGGAAGCUAUCCAUCCUGCUCAGGAGCUAUAGCUCCGGGGUUGGCUGCAGACAUGCACUUCAAGGACGACGUGAUUGCCUUUAUAGGACCAGCCUGUGCCUUCGCCCUGGAGCCAGUAGCCAGGCUGGCAGCCUACUGGAACACACCUAUCAUUACUGGGAUGGGAGACCAACCCCCAUCUGAAGGAGAACUGGCUGCCCCAGCUAGUGUGGUCAGUCGUAUGCAUCGCCUCAGAAAUCUGCGCAAAGGCACUAGACCACAAACGUUGUUCAAUGAUAAAGGCAAGUAUCCGACGUUGACAAGGAUGUCGUACUGCCAGUGUCGCCUGCCUCGUGUCUUCAGCAGCGUGUUCGAGAGGUUCGGCUGGGCACACGUCGCGUUACUGCUUGACAAGUCGGACCUCUUCUCUUUAACUGUCGGUAAAAGUCUGGAGUGGGGACUUCGGAAGAAAGGAGUCUUGAAAGCAGUGAGGGAACUGGACGGCAACGAGAGGGAAUCUUGCGAAGCACUACUCAAAGAUGUCAGCAUGUAUGCUAGAGUGGUAAUCCUGAGCGUGCGUGGCUCACUCGUGCGUGAAUUCCUAUUGGCUGCGCAUACACUUGGCAUGACGCGAGGGGAUUGGGCCUUUCUGGAUGUCGAAAUAUUUCAGGGAGGGUAUUGGGGCGAGACAGGCUGGGCAGCUGAUGAUGAGAGGGACACUGCAGCGCGAGCAGCCUAUGAAGCCCUACUCCGAGUCUCCCUGAAGCUACCCACGGGAGACAGGUUCGAUGAAUUUGCUGAUGCUGUUAGAGCCAGAGCCAAGCAGCACUAUAACUACUCAUUCUCUGAUGGUGAAGAGGUCAAUUUCUUCAUCGGUGCAUUCUACGAUGGGGUGUAUCUAUUGGGUAUGGCGCUGAAUGAGACCUUGACGGAAGGUGGAGACAUCAGGGAUGGGAGAAACAUCACCAGGCGUAUGUGGGGACGAGACUUUCAUGGCAUAACAGGCCACGUGCGCAUCGAUGCUGUGGGGGACAGAGAUGCAGACUACGCUAUCUUGGAUCUAGAUCCUGUUACUGGAAAAUUUGAGGUGGUGGCAUUCUUCCACGGCCUCAAUAGCAGCUACAAGCCAGUCCCAGGUAAAGCUAUCCACUGGCCAGGGGGUCGCCGGGGUCCACCCCCAGACACCCCUCGCUGCGGGUUCCUGUGGAACGACCCCAUGUGCCAGGGUGGUUUACUGCAGGCUCGAAUAGACGCCGAGCUGAACAAUACUUCCUGGCGAGUUAGACCGGAGGAGGUACUGGUCGAGGUUGGAACUGGAAUUGGAGCCAGUCCAGCUUUACACAGUAUCAAUGAAGUACUCAAGCUUUCGCUGGGUUGGAGUGCUCGUGGCAGUACCGGAGCAGCAUCUACCCUGGGCACUCCAUCACUCACCCUGUCUUCCUUCACCGUGGGCCUCUAUAAAGGGAACAGGGUGGCAGUGAAGAAAAUUCACAGGAAAAAGUUGGAUCUUAAUAAGAAAUUACUCUGGGAGAUUAAACAGGCUCGAAAUGUGUCCCACGAGAACACGGCCCGAUUCAUAGGCGCGUGCGUCGAUUGUCCUUUGGUGUUUGUGCUGACGGAGUACUGUCCCAAGGGGUCCCUGAAGGACGUCCUCUCUAAUGAUGAACUGCAGCUGGACUGGAACUUUAGAACGUCUCUGGUGCAUGAUAUUGUGCAGGGUAUGUGCUACUUACAUGGCGGGCUGGGUGCGCACGGCAAGUUACGUUCCUCAAACUGCCUCAUCGAUGGACGCUUCGUGCUGAAGAUCUCCGACUAUGGCCUCAACACGCUAUGCACACCAACCGACCUAAUAAAGGACGACACAUAUUAUUACAAAUUACUAUGGACGGCUCCAGAGCUGGUGGCCAGCAGCAUAUACCCUGGUGCUGCGGCUUCCCUCAAAGGAGAUGUGUACAGCUUCGGCAUUAUACUUGAAGAGAUAGUCCUGAGAGCGGGACCCUUCCAUAAUUAUACCACUUCUAUGUCUAGUAAAGAAAUAGUUGGCCACGUGUGCGCCCGAGAGUCCCCACCAUUUCGACCAGUUGUCAGCGUGGGUGAGGUAGGUGCAGCCGCUGGUGGUGGCGGUGGUGCUGCAGUCGAACUGCUGGACCUGGCCGAGAGGUGCUGGGCAGAGGCUGCCGAUGACAGACCCAGUUUCGAUGCUAUCAAUGCCAAUUAUAUCAAGGGUUAUUGUGACAAUCUAAUGGACGACCUCCUUCGUCGCAUGGAACAAUACGCGAACAACUUGGAAUCACUUGUCGAGGAAAAAACGGAACAAUUGUCGCUGGAGAAGCGGAGGUCUGAAGAGCUACUGUAUCAAGUACUACCGAGGCCUGUAGCCCAGCAGUUGAUGGCCGGUGAAGUGGUACAGCCGGAAAGUUUCGAGUGUGUGACGGUGUACUUCAGCGACAUCGUCGGCUUCACGGAGCUGUGUGCUGCCUCCACUCCCAUGCAGGUGGUGGACCUUCUAAAUGACCUCUACAGCACAUUCGACAGGAUAAUUGGGUUCUAUGAUGUUUAUAAGGUGGAGACAAUAGGCGACGCCUACAUGGUGGUGUCUGGUCUCCCAGAGAGGAACGGUGACCUUCACGCUCGGGAGAUCUGUCUCAUGGCGCUCGCUAUUGUGGAAGCUGUCAGAGGAUUCGUCGUGAGACACAGGCCUACGCAUCGAUUAGAAGUUCGCAUCGGAGUGCACUCGGGCCCCGUCUGCGCCGGAGUAGUAGGGGUCAAGAUGCCCCACUAUUGUUUAUUCGGAGACACCGUGAACACAGCCAGUCGGAUGGAGUCUACGGGACAACCCCUACGCAUCCAUCUAAGCGAAAACACCAGAGCGUUACUGGACCAAUGGGGCACCUUCGUGGUGGAGCGUCGAGGUGAAGUGGAACUCAAGGGCCGCGGGAGGAUGCUCACACACUGGCUGCUGCACUGCUCGGAGCCUGAGGCCAGGCCACCCACACAAGGGCUUCAGCCCCCUCCGCAGUAUCCUAUACUGUUCCCUGCAUUACCACAACCAGCUUUAUCAUUACAAGUUCCUUACUUAGUUGUGGAGCCUCCUACUUUAGCGGCUUGA